AGUCGAGUUCGCGCCUCCUCUCGCGACAUUUUGGGGGAGGUAAAAUUCAAAAUUUGUUGGAUGUUUUGGUUUCUGUCAAUCUAGACACAGACUUCGAAAAUUCUUUCCAAAUAGACUUUUUACUCGUGCCACGCUUUGGAACAGAAUGGCGUCCAGCGAGCUGGAGGUUCUUCGGCGCAAACUGAAGGAGAAAGAGGAGGCCUGUCAGAAGGCCGCCCAGUAUGGCCUUCAGCUGAUGGACGACCAGCUCAACCUGCAGAUGCAGUUGGACGAGCAGCGGAAAGAAAUGGCCAACGCCAUGGAGGCUUUGGAACAGGAGAAGUAUUCGCUGCAGCGGGAGGUGGAGUUGAAGACGUCCAUGUUGAACAGCGUGCAGUCUGAAUUCGAAGAAGUGAAGAAGCACCAGCGACAUCUCUUGGAGCAGCAAGAAGCUGAGUUAGGAAGGAACCACGCCCACGAACUCGGCGAUUAUAAAAACAAGCUGGAGCGCACGAAGGUGGAGCUGGAGGAGGCGCAGCUGGCGGAGAAGCAGCUGAGACACAAGCUGGAGGUGCAGGGGGAGACGCUCAGCAGCAAGACGGAGGAGCUGCGGGCCAUGACGGAGCGCGCCCACGAGACCAUGUCCUCCGAGAUCAUGGAGCUGCAACUCCAGCGCAUGGACAUGGAGUCCGCCAUGGCGGAUCUGCGUCAGGAGCUGCAGGAGGCCCAGUACCGUGAUCAGCAGCAGCAGCUGGCCCUCAGCAACCUGCAGAGACAACUGGAGCGGCUCACAGAGGAGAAGGAGGAGAGGGAGAAGGAGGCCGUCUCCUGCUACAACAGCCUGGAGAAAGCGCGUGAAACCAACCAGGAGCUGCAGAUCCAGCUGGACCAGCUGCUUCAGAAGGAGCAAGAUCCCAACAGCAGAGGCAACUCACUAUUUGCCGAGGUUGAAGACAAGCGGGCUGAGAUGGAGAGGCAGAUGAUUGGCAUGAAAGUGCAGUACCAGUCUCUGCAGCAACAGCACGCUUUCUCCAAACAACAGAUGCAUCGCAUGAAGGUUCAGAUCGCAGCUCUGAUGCAGCUGCAGGGAUCGGGAGCAGACUCAGAGCAGCUGGAGCGCAUGCAGUCGUUACUCUCACAGAAGAACGCCGAGAUUGAGGCCCUCUUGACCAAAGUGCGACAGCUGGAAUCUGAUCAGCACAUGAAUGCUGUGAAUGCCCUCUGCUUACCUGGUGACACACAGGAUCAGACAUACUACACAGACCUUCUUCAAAUGAAACUGUCCAACUCUGCUAAGGAAAAUGAGCAGCUGAAGAAGGACCUGUCCCUCCAGAUGAUGAAGGCGUUCUCUGAGAGCCAGCGGGUGAUGGACAUGGAGAGGAAGCUGUUUGGCACCCAGCAGGCCCUCAAGCAGAGCCAGGGGGACAACAUCAAGCUGCAGGUCAAAGUGGAGGAACUACGGCUGAAAUACGAGCCAAAUGAGGUCGGUAAAGGCCGUGUUCAGAAGCGGACACGUGAAAAGUUGCCAGUUGACGUCCCUCUCGAGAACCAGGAGCCAAACUUGGAGGUCCCCGCUCCCCCAGCCAAGGAAGCGGAGAUGGCCAGUUGUCCAAAGGCCUCGGCCUCAGCCCCCUCCAGCCGUCCGUCCCCCCAGGAGACAACCGUAGCGAACCCACAGCAGCCCACACAGCCCCGAGAGACCAAGUGUGUCCGCAUCUCAGAAGAGCCACCCGUCACCAUUCCAAAACAACCCAGGUCUCCAUCAGAAAACAGUAUUGAAACGGAUGACACGGAGCAGAAGGAGGAGAGCUGGUGUUACGAGGGGAGGAAGAGAUCCAAGUGUACACCCAUCCAUGUUAGCUCCAUGAAAACCAUGGAGAACGAGUGUGCUCAACAAUAAAUUAUUAAUUAUUAAUAAAUAUUAGUAAAUAAUUCAUAAUUAAGACGUGAGUUUUAUGUGUUGUAAUAAUUUUUGUGCUGUAAUCAUUUUAAUUGUUGUAAGUACCGUUUUUGUUUUCUGUGUUGACGGGUUUGUUUAUAUACUAUGUAUGUUGAAUAAAAAAAAACUUC